ACGCUCAUCAACCCUAUGUAUAUAAGCAGCGCCCAGGCUCGUCGUCAGUAUCAAGCACCGCUCGCUACCAUAAAGAUGGCAUUCACUCUUGGCUCAUUGGUCCUCCUUUGCGGGAUCAGCGGACUGCUGACUGGAGUCCGGUCCGCCACCAUUGUUCCUGCGAAAGCCUUUUACUGUCCAAAUGACUGGACUCAGUUGGACUGUUUCUGUUACAUCUAUGAAGAUGAGAGCAGAACUUUUGCUGAUGCCGAGAGCGUCUGCAACAUUCUUGGUGGGAAUCUGGUCUCCAUUCACGGUGAUCUGGAAAAUGCGGUGGUUGUUGAACUGGUUCAGCCGCGUGGUGGAACCCUGCCUCUUGCUAUCUGGAUUGGUCUCACUGAUGCAGUUUUGGAGGACGAUUUCAUGUGGACUGAUGGCUCAGAUGUGGACUUUGACAAUUUUUUGGGUUCAGAGCCCAGUAGCAUGGGUGACUGUGUAGUGAUGGCCAUAAAUGUUAACACUGGAAACUGGGGAGUUGCGAAUUGCACAACACCGUUCCCGUACGUUUGCAUCAAGGAAGCGCAUCACUAAAUGUCUUGGCCUCCAAUAUUGCACUAUGCAUGAGUUCAAUGACUCAGCUUUGGUGUCACCUUGAUAUUUUUGGGGUUACUUUCAACUUUUCUUCCUCUUCUUUGGCGUUGUGGGGACAACUAUUCAAUGAAUAAAGAACUAUCAGCAUCCAAA